AUGUCAUCGCGAGUAUUCGACACGGCUGGAGGUGAAUGUGCUGUCAUCUACACUACUUCCAUGUUACUUCACGACUCCGACUGGAAAACGCUGGAAUGGUGCUCGACUCGUCGAUUGGGGAAUAAAUACCCGACCAGAUGGCGGAAGCAGUCAGUCACAGUCGAGACAGUAAACGGCGCGGAAGAUGGAACAAUUGUCCAGUCGACGUAG